GAAAAACCCUAACAGUUGGUAGUAAGAUGGCAGUUUUGUUGUCGUGCCAUGCGUGUGUAAAUUUUAGGUGUUGAUUCCGUUUUUUGAUGUAAUCGUUACGACUUAAAUAAAUCCCACUUCACAACUCCUAAAAAACCCGAAAACGCGGCUGAAAACUAUGACAGAGUUGGGUGUCAACGGCAAUGACGAGAAAGACAGUGACAAGGAGGCUGUCUCCGACAAGGACCUGCCCCUGAGCUUCAUGCAAGACAGGCACUUGGAGCCCAUCGAGGGCGUCGAGUGCAUAACGCAGACAUGGCGCAUGAAAGAACGCAUGAAAACAGUGAGUGUGGCCCUAGUUCUGUGUCUGAACGUGGGCGUGGACCCGCCCGACGUGAUGAAAACCCAGCCAUGUGCGCGUCUGGAGUGCUGGAUAGAUCCCUUAACCUUGUCCGCCCCAAAGUCGAUCCAGAAAAUCGGGGAGAACCUGCAGGCGCAGUACGAGCGGUGGCAGCCCCGCGCGCGCUACAAGCAGUCCCUGGACCCCACUUCGGAAGAAGUCAAAAAACUGUGCACUUCGCUGCGCCGCAACGCCAAAGAGGAACGCGUUCUGUUCCACUACAACGGUCAUGGAGUUCCUAAACCGACGGAAAACGGUGAAAUCUGGGUGUUCAAUCGAACCUACACGCAAUACAUCCCCCUGUCCAUCUACGACCUGCAAACGUGGAUGGGGGCGCCCUCGAUCUACGUCUACGACUGCUCGAACGCCGGGAUCAUAAUCGAGUCUUUCGAGCGGUUUGCCGCCCAACACGAGGCCGAGUACGAGCAGGCCACGAGUCAGUCGCGGCAAAAUCCAGUGGUGGCGCCUUUGCCCUCCUAUAAGAGUUGCAUACAGUUGGCGGCGUGCGGGGCGAAGGAAGUGCUACCGAUGAAUCCUGAUUUACCGGCCGAUUUGUUCACGUCUUGCCUUACUACGCCAAUCAAGGUCGCCUUAAGAUGGUUCGUUCUACAGUCUACCUCAAAACUAGUGCCCAAAGUCACCCUGGAUUUGAUCGAUAAAAUACCGGGUCAAAUAACCGACCGCCGCACAAUGCUCGGUGAGCUUAAUUGGAUCUUUACAGCAAUUACAGACACCAUAGCCUGGAAUACGUUACAGAGAGAUCUUUUUCAAAAACUCUUCCGUCAAGACCUCCUCGUUGCGUCCCUUUUCCGUAAUUUCCUCCUCGCUGAACGCAUCCUAAAAUCGUGCGAUUGCACUCCCGUCAGUUCCCCACUGUUACCACCAACCUCCCAACACCCCAUGUGGAACGCAUGGGACCUAGCCCUCGACUUGAGCCUCGGCCAACUUCCCGGAAUCAUCAACCGAAACGAACCUUUCCAAAACUUGCCUUUCUUCGAAGAGCAAUUGACCGCGUUCCAAGUUUGGCUAGAACUCGGAUGCGAGGAGCGCAGUCCACCCGAACAAUUGCCAAUUGUUUUACAAGUCCUACUCAGUCAAGUCCAUCGGAUGCGAGCGCUUGAACUGUUGGGGCGGUUUCUCGAUUUGGGACCGUGGGCUGUUAAUUUGGCCUUGUCUGUUGGGAUUUUCCCAUACGUUCUUAAAUUAUUACAGAGUAGUGCUAAGGAGUUGAGGCCUUUGUUGGUUUUCAUCUGGGCUAAGAUUCUAGCUGUUGAUAAUACGUGUCAAGGUGACUUGGUGAGGGACAGUGGCCAUAAAUAUUUCUUGUCGGUACUUCAGGACACUUCACUUUCGUCGGAAUAUCGGACACAGUCGGCUUUUGUUUUGGCGUCAAUUGUUAACAAUUUCCACGACGGGCAAGAAGCGGCCUUGAAAGGUUCCCUAGUUAGUAUCUGUCUGGAACAAUUGAACGACCCCAGUUCACAGUUGAGACAAUGGGUCGCUAUUUGUUUAGGGAAAUUAUGGGAUCAUUACGAAAACGCCCGCUGGACCGGUGUUAGAGACAUCGCCCAUGAAAAACUCUACAAACUUUUGAACGACCCAUGCCCAGAGGUUCGGGCAGCGGCCGUUUACGCCUUAGGUACGUUUAUAAAUUCGGUGACCGAGCGUUCGGAACACGCCAAUAACAUCGACCACGCGAUAGUUAUGACCCUAGUUAAGAAAGUCAGUAAUGACAUGAGCCAUCUAGUCCGUAAAGAAUUAGUAAAUGCGCUCCAAUGGGUGGUGUUAGCUUUCGAACACGUGUUUAUAACUUUGUCAAUGAAGGAGAUUCUAAGUCACUAUCCCUUGCAAGAAGUCAACGUGACUUCGCCCGGCUUGCGACGAAUCGGCAGCCGGGACCGGUUACGAACUUCCGAAGACAGUGUCGAUAAAAUGAAACGGGUGUCCUCCAGCUCCUCCAUAAACAACAUGGGGCAAAUGAAAGGCUCCCUCAGCCACACCGGCAGCCUUGGCACGUUACCAGGCCUCGGCUACGGUUCGAUUUACAUGAAAAUAUGGGACGCUUUGUGUUCGCUUGAAACCGACCCGCACCCCGAAGUGGAAUCAAUGUGUAAGACUAUAACCAAGUACAUAGCAAACAAAGUGAAGGAAUCGCGCGAGUUCGUCGAUAACAAGUGUGCAAGUUUGCCCCCGAGCCCCAACCGGGGGAACUACCUGUCGGGCGAAAGCCCCCCAACUCUCCACCCCGCCACCGACAUCCCCAAAUACACCCCAAGGGGGCGCAAAAUCCACCCCAACAUCAUCAACGAAGAAACCGACAUGAAAAUCAAGCAACGCAAGGCUUUAGUGAGUACGAAGUUCAUCGAAUGGUCGUGCAAACGCUUCGCGCAAUCGAAGCGAAAGAGUGGCUUUGACGUCGAAUCGCCCCAAUUUUACGAACGCGAUUGGAGGUACACCAGGAAUAAUAAUAUAAGACGGGAGGCUUUGGACGAAACUUCGCGUAUCCUUUCGUCAAAACUCGAAUCUCAGUUGUUCAACACUAGGACCUCGCUCCCGCCCAGUGUCCUCCAGUUUCACCCCUUUGACCAGCAAAUCGCAGUGGCUGGGAAGGAUCAUUUCGGGAUUUGGGAUUGGGGGACUGGGGCUAAGACGACAGUGUGUCAUAAUAAGUCGGCAAAGGCUGGGUCUAGUCGGAUCACUUCGUUGGAGUGGAUCAAUGCCCAUGAUGUGGCGAUGUUGAUGGUGGCUUCGGACGAUGGUAGUGUUAAAGUUUGGAAGCCGAAUACGGGUCACAGUCGCGAACCGACUCUGAUAAGUGCAUGGCAGGCUUUGAAUGAUUUGAAGUGGAAAUAUUCAGGGACGCUGUUGGCGUGGGAGCAGUACACACAGACGUGCAUUGCGGCAGGGGAUUCGAGGAUUGUCCGGUUUUGGGACGUGGAGAAGGAGCUGUUUGCCUAUGAUAUUAUGACAGGAGCGGACUGCGCGAUCACUUGCAUCGACUCGACAUUUUCGGGCGUUUCGCACGAAAACUACAGUAAAGCGUACCUAGACCGCGAAAAAGACGACGAAGGAAUUAGCAUCGACGAGGAUUUCAAAUGGACUCGUUACGGCAUGGUGGUGGCCGGCUUCCAAGACGGUUCAAUCCGAGUGUUUGACCGCCGUUGCAGCCCCACAGAGGCCCGAAUCGCCGUGUUUAUGGAACAUUCCGGCCCGAUUUUAGGCGUCCACUUACUCGGAAACACAUUUUAUAGUGGAAGCACCGACGGCCACGUCCGAGUCUUCGACGUGCGCAACCACAGGGUUGUGCACACGACCCAAGCCAUCCAGAACAACAUGUCCUGCUUUGCGCUGCAUCGGGGGACCGCCACCUACGCCUGCGGGUCUCUGAACCAAAAUGUGAGCAUUUACGGGUUCAACGGGUGUCUCCUGAACACGAUCAAGUUCUACGAGGGCUUCAUGGGCCACCGUACCGGCAACGUCACGUGCCUGAACUACCAUCCGCUGAAGGUGGCGCUGGCCACAGGCACGUCCGACUGCUCGGUGAGCGUCUACUGUUUGGAAGGUAAAAGGUGACGCGAUUCCCAGCCCUAGAGCUCGGUCUGGAGCCUCUUGGGCUACUACUAUUAGCGGAAAUUUUGCUUUGCGCUUCGGUUUUACUGUAAAUAUUUUACGUUGGUAACUUGAAAUUUUAUCGUGUAUAUAGAAUUUUAAUUGAAACGCUUUAUUGUAGCUAUUAACCGAGUAAUAGUACAGUACAGGGAAUUUUGUUGUUAGUUUUUUAAGACUGAUUGUUGUUUUACGAAUUAGGGCGGGUAGGCCUACGCAACCGUAGGGUGAUUCAUACGUAGAUGUGACCAGUUGUUAAGUAAUUCUAAGCGAACGUUUCGAUUUUUUUUAUUAUUGUGAUACAAGCAAUGCAGCAGAGAGAGAGAAUGUUCGUCGUUACAUUGUACUCAAGUUUAAUUUUUUAGAGUGAAUCUUUUUUUAUCAAACGGACCGAUCCGUUGAGUUACCUGAACUCUCGAUAAUUCUUUAUACACUGGCACAACAUUUGCACAAAAGUCCGAUUGUUGGGGGUUCUUUUUUAUAAAAUCGUUUAAUUGUGGCAUAAGUCUUUUAAUUUACAAUUAUAAAAUAAAUAAAAUAUAUCACAACAAGCGUAUCAAACGUUA